AUAACCUACGACGACUUGGCGUCGUAUGGAAGAAUCCAUUUUGGAGAGCGUCGUCUGGUUGUGGUAUCACUAAGCGAUUUGGGGAGAUUCUUUUGUAUUUUAUUUGUGUAAGUACCGUAACUGUUUUCGUUAUUAGAUGUAAAUGUGGUUGUACUAUUUCAGUAGCAAAGCGUUAGCUCGUGUAGCCUUAGCAUUACGUAACGGAGUGGUACUAUGGUUCAUGCUAGCGGUUUAUCGGCGUGAUACAGCUUUCUACAUUAUUUGUCGAUCUUUUAUUUUUAUUUUCAGAGGGUGCACGAAUGGUCACUUUGUUGCAACCGCAUUCGACGAGUCGAUUGCCAUAUAUCGCUUGCAUUCUGGAAACAUGGGUUUCUGUAAAUGUAUGGGAGACAAUCUUUGCCAGCCAAAAUGGUGGGGGGACUGAAUGCAUAGCAUAAUGGCGAAGCAUGUACGGCGAGUAGGUUACAUAAUAACAUGUCAUUUUGUAACAAUGUUUCACUUUGCAGGACAAGGGAUCUUAGUACAAAAUGUCUGACACCGAGCAACAGUUUAUGGAAACAUCCGAAAACGGCCAUGAAGGCGAGGAGGACUUUAACGGAGCCGAGCCCGCCGAUGAGACCGAAGCCCUGAAUGAAGGCGAGGCAGAGACCGAAGCCUGCGUAGAAGAUAAGACGGCAUUAGAGGGAGAAGGCAAAGGGGAGGGAGAAGAUUCACAAAAUGGUGCCUCGGAGGGCGAAGGCGGGCAGAUCAACGCCAGCAAAGGAGAGGAGGACGCAGGGUAAGUGUAGAAAUGUAUUCGAAAUAUUGGAUUCGAUCUCGGCAGAGUUCUUACUGGAUUUCAUCGCUCCUUUGUUACGUCUGGCUUUGUUGGCGCCAUGUGCGGAGCUAAGGGGGGGAUGGGCCUUUAAUAUCUAUGGGAUGGCCAAAUUCUGCGAUGAAAUGUAACACUCCCUCGGCCGUUUUUGUAUAUUUUUGGUGGGCGCGAUUGUUUAAUCUGUUAAUUAUGGCACAUUGGUUUUGUUUCUCAUCAAAAUGAUUUGUGGUUUUGUUGUGGGCGUGCGUGGUUUUGAACAUGCUGUAGUAGGCCCAGCCUUCCUACGUCAGCAAUAGCAACAAUAUGUUCCGUAACACUUAGAGCACUUGUGUUGCUCAAUCGCCAUAUUUAAUGUUUUCCAUUUUUCUUUGUUAGGAAAAUGUUUGUUGGAGGACUUAGCUGGGACACGAGUAAGAAAGAUCUUAAAGAUUAUUUCUCUAAAUUCGGUGAAGUGACAGACUGCACCAUAAAGAUGGACCAGCAGACAGGCCGGUCAAGAGGCUUUGGCUUUAUUCUCUUCAAAGAGGCAGCCGGUGUAGACAAGGUAAGAAAUUAUAGUUUUGUUUGGGUUGCAUAUUAAAUGUCAAUGUGUUUUCAUGUGGAGUUUUACAGCAAGGCAACAUCCCUGUGGUUAUGCAACUAUUUGCCCUUCAUUCUCCUGAUCAUUCUUCUUUUCUAGGUUCUCGAGCAGAAGGAACACAGACUAGAUGGACGACAGAUCGACCCCAAGAAGGCCAUGGCCAUGAAGAAGGAGCCUGUUAAGAAAAUCUUUGUCGGUGGCCUCAACCCAGACACAGAAAAGGAAGUUAUCCAGGAGUACUUUGGAACCUUUGGCGAGGUACAGUAUCCAUAUCUCUGAUUUGGAUAUGUGUGGUAGCACUCACUUGGUUGUAUUGGUGGUGUUUUAACAGUACUUGUUUCCUCUUCUCUUGACAUGCAGAUCGAGACUAUUGAGCUUCCACAGGACCCAAAGACGGAAAAGAGAAGGGGGUUCGUGUUCAUCACGUAUAAGGAGGAAACUCCGGUCAAAAAAGUGCUAGAAAAGAAAUUCCAUAACGUCAGUGGAAGCAAGGUGAGAAUGGGAUCGCGGUCAAGUGCAUUGUCACUCUUUGGCCACUUGUGAUUGAGGACUUACGAUGUUGCCACUUUCAAAUGGAGCUUUCGAUUUAUGUAAAUACAGUGGUGAUUUCCUCAGGGAACUUGUAACCCUCAUAUUGAAGAUCCAUGCAGUGAGUGUGGCCAACCUUUUUUUCCAUUGCUGACUUGCGUUUUCAUGUUACCGAUCUGUUCCAGUGUGAGAUUAAAAUAGCCCAGCCCAAAGAGGUGUACCAGCAGCAGCAGUAUGGCGGCCGUGGAGGGGGAGGAAGAGGCAGGGGUCGUGGAGGUCAGUAUCAACACCAAACCUCUGGUGCUGAUAACCUGGGAAACUGUACUUCACAGUCCCAAGAUCAGUAGUUAGAGCAGUUUGGGUUAUAUAACUGCAUCUAGUCACUGUAAUGACUUUUAUGAUUUGUUAAUCUCAGGUCAGGGCCAGAACUGGAACCAAGGUGGUGGUGGUGGUGGUGGAUACAACAACUACUGGAACCAAGGCUACGGUAACCAGGGCUACGGCUAUGGUGGACAGCAAGGAUACGGCGGAUACGGAGGCUACGGCAACUACGACUACUCCGCUGGAUAUGGCUAUGGGGGUGGCUAUGACUACAGUAAGCGAUAACCACCCGAAACGCAAAUGUGAGAAACUUUGUUGGUCCUUGUCGUACGGAAGACACUCAGUCCCUUUCUUUCUUGUCCUCCAGACCAGGGCAAUGCAGGCUAUGGGAAAACUCCAAGACGUGGAGGCCACCAGAGUAGCUACAAGCCAUACUGAUCACAUGUAGUGCAGGUAUGCAUUUUUGCAUCAUCUAUGGUGAUAUGACAAUCUAACUGUAACCAUUUGUGCCUUUGACUCCGAAAUUUCUCCCAUCUAGUCUGAUCCCAUUCAAACGUUUGUUAACGGGGGAGGGGGGUGAUGAGGGUCUGGAAAUAUUUAGUAAUGGACUCAUUCCAUGUGCCAACCAUUUUAAGAUGCAUCCCUACAAACACUACUUGAUCAAUAAGGGUUGAGGUGGUGGUGGUGGUUGACCCAGCAUAAGCAUUAGGGCCUUUCUGAUGGGGUGCUGGGUAUGGCAGCUAGGUGUCAUGUCCCCUUUAAUGUGCUCCCCCCUCUGGGUGUAUUUGUUCAUUUAACAUAAGUAACAAAAUAAUAAUUCAUAAACAUCAUGGUGUCCUUGUGUAAUACUAAAUGCCAUUUGGUUAUGCUCAGUAACUGUAAGCACCAUGUUUCUCUCUUAAGGUCUAAAGUAAAUAAGAAAAAAGAAACCCAUGGUCCGGCCACAGCGAACAUGGGCUCUGGCUUUUCCUUUGGAGUUGGCAGAAAUUUGGCCUCAUGCCCCAUAUGUACAGAUGAAGUGAGGAACUGGGGGAUGCAAAUGCCACUUCCACUUUUUAUUUGAUAUUGUUUUGUGUCCAUUUCCAGAGAUGGAAGUGUUAUUUUUACUGUACUUUUUGGUACCUUUUUGAAUCUAAUGUAUUGUAUGGUCGUAUUUUACAUGUCUGCUGGACUUACCAACAAACAGGAGCAUAGCUUUCGGAAGCUUUUCAAAUAAACUUUUUUUUGUUUGUUGCUGUUUCUAGAAUUGUAGUGUUUUUUUUAUUUUUUUUCCUCGUGCUGAGUGUUUGAUGCGAGUUGCAUGGCUUCAGAUGUGGGGUGAGGCGAGAAGGGAUUAAACUAAUCAAAGGUUUCAUUGUAAGCUUGUCUAGUGAAUGUUUGCAGUUGGCUAGUAGACGAUGACAACCAGCACUUGUUUUUUGGCUUUUACGGAGAUCCCCCCCCCCCCACCCCCCCAUCUUGUCUGCAUUUUAAAAGUGGCUUUACUAGUGUUACAAACCAUACAAUCCAACCGAGCGCAAGCCUGUUAAUGUAAGAGGGUCUUCCCUCUCUCACUGGAAACUCAUUCCUCUAGUGUCUUGGGCAAAUUGGUAGAAAUAAACUUUUGGUUUAUAUUACACGUGGAUCCUUUUGUUAUUAUUUAUAAAACUAAUGCUGUUGUGGUUACUGUUAACUGCUUUGUACUGUUAAAUGGCUUGCUUGUCCUGGGUAAGGUUAAAAUCGCUUCGUACGGAUGCCUCUUUGGGAUGCGGUGGCAGAUACUUCGCAGGCAGAGGGAAUCAGUCAAUGGGGGUGAAAGCCGUGCUACGUACAUGUCGAUUUUACUUUCCGAGCUAGCUGAUCUUACCCAGCUAUGGAUCUGAAGUGUAACUACAGUAUUUGGUAUGUUAUAGGUGGAUAAGGUGCUAACUGUAGUCCUCUGGUAAGUGCACUCCUACCACAUAAUUUUUUGCUUGUCAUUAAUAGUCCUUUGAUACUUGUGUAUAAAGUCACUGUUGCCAUGCAAUGUGCAAUUAUCAAGAUCAGCUGGAUGUGACUUCUCUUCAGUCUACCUGGGCCAGUGUCCAUUCCAAGUUGAUGUCCACGAUGUUCUCUUUCCUACUGUAUCAGUAGCACUUAAUUUAGUUCUUAGCACUUCUUUAUCCCGUAGUUACCAUGUGGUGGGGGAUUGGAUCUGUUUUCACAGGAAGUAUAAAUGUGAGCGUCAAGGUAUUUUAAAUGUUUUCAUGUCAUUAUCACAUCAUAGCGAAAGUACAUGGUAUUCUAGUAGAACAAAUAUAUUGCAUGUCACUGCCUUUUCUGUCCCUCAUGCAGGACCAAAAGCGGUCACUAAUUCCACAUCAUGAACUGUCACAAACAUUCAUGUGUUAGAUCUAGAAGCGUAAUCUUAAUGAUUUGGCUUUUUAGCCUUAAUUGUGGUAUGGAUCAUGCGAUGGGCUACCUUUUUAAUAUGUCUGCAGUCCUUCUCUUGUCUUCCUCCACAAUGGCUCCAGUUCUUGUGCUCUGUUUAUGAAAUGGUUAGUGUUUUCCUGGGAUCCUUGGGACGUCCCAAGGAUGCUGGAUAGCAAGGACAUUUAUGAAAUCCAAAUGUCUGAAAUGCACUUUAACUGUUAAUCUACUAGAGUACUUGACACUAUCCAUACCACUACCUUCUUACUGUGACCAAUUCUUACUGUCUGAUGCAAUUAAAUCUUUCUACAGGUUUGUACAAACCUUAGAUGUCUCCAUUGUCCAGUU